ACUCCGUCAACAUGGCACUCAAGGUUUUUCUUAUUGCUUGCAUUUUGGCCGUGGCGGCUGGUGAGGCUCCUGUUCACCAUUCCCCACCAGCCUACCCAGCUCCAUCUCACUACCACAAGCCGCACUACCCAGAGGAGCCUCCCAAAUAUUCCUUCAAUUAUGGUGUAGCGGACCACUACGGCGCAAACUUCGGUCACUCUGAGACCCGCGACGGCUACAGAACUGAAGGCAGUUACUCGGUGGACCUCCCCGAUGGCCGCAAGCAGACCGUCAAUUACCAGGACAACGGAGAUGGUCUGGAGGCUGUGGUGAACUAUGAGGGAGAAGCCCAGUACCCAGCACAUAAGCCCUCGUACCCCGCCCACCCAACAUACAAGCCAUCAUACCCUUCCCACCCAACACCCUACCCACCUCCCCCACCAUACGAGUAAAUAUCAACGUCGAAUCAAAUGUGAUU